GUAGCGCGCCGCCCCGCGGGAAGUGAUGGGAAGUGUAGGCGGAAGAGGGCGCUGAGAGCGGCGGGAGGGAGUUUUGAGGGGUCCCCGGGAUGGAGCCCCCCCCUCAGCCCAGUGCCAUGGAUGCCCUGCACGAGGCUGGCAUCCACGCCGCCGUGGCCCUGCAGGCUGGGCCGCCCUGGCUGGAGCAGUUCUGGCUCCUGCUGACCUCCCAGCUGGACCCCAACUCCAUCUACACCGUCUGCUUCCCGCUGGCCCGCGGCCUGGACGAGCACGUGUCCCUCAUGGUCCUCUGGAUCGCCCUGGUGGCCGAGUGGCUCAACGUGGUCCUCAAGUGGUUCCUGUUCGGGGAACGCCCGUACUGGUGGAUCCACGAGUCGGGGCUGUCUGAGCGGGAGCAGCUCCCUCUGCGCCAGUUCCCCGCCACCUGUGAGACAGGACCGGGGAGCCCCUCGGGCCACUGCAUGAUCCUGGGGGCGGCCCUGUGGCCGAUUGUCACCGCCCUGAGCAAGGCGAUGUCCAGGUACACCCGCAGCCGGCUGCUGAAGCUGAUCCCGUUCCUGCUCUACAUCCUCCUGCUGGUGGCCAUGGGGCUCUCCCGCAUCUUCGUGCUGGCCCACUUCCCCCACCAGGUGAUCUCCGGCUCCCUGGCAGGGAUGGCUCUGGGCUGGGGGCUGCAGCGCUGGCCCCCCAACUUCCUCAAGGUUCGUUUCUUCCUGCUGACGGCUCUGGGGCUGCUCCUGAGCGCGCUGGCCCUGCACGGGCUGGCCACGGCCGCGGGGCUGGACCUGGACUGGUCCCUCCGCCGGGCCAGCGCCCGCUGCUCGGAGCCGUCCUGGCUGCGGCCGGAGACUCGGCCCUGGUCCUCGCUGUGCCGGGUGAGCAGCAGCGCCCUGGGGCUGGCCCUGGCUGCCCGGCACCCCCUGAGCCGCCGAGCCGCCGAGGAGCUGCAGGUGCUGGAGCCUCCCCUGGGCAGCGCCACGCUGGGGCUGCUGGCCCUGGACAUGCUGCACAAACUGCCCAAGAGCGGCGACUCCGCCCUGUGGUACCUGAACGUGGGUGCUCGCUACACCCUGGGGCCCGUGCUGGUGGGCUCCCUCCUGCCCCAGCUCAUCCUCACCCUCCGGCGGCUCCGGGCAACCCCCUAGACCCUCCCCCAAUAUCGGGGAGUGGGGGGGAUCUGCUCCCAGUUCGUCUCCAGCUGUCCCAGGGACCCCCAAAUUGAGUAGGGGGUGUCUGCUCUGUUGCCGGUUCAUUCUCACACUCCUUUUGUCCCAGGGACCCUGAAAUCGAGUAGGGGGUCCCCACUCCUGUCCCAGUUCAUCCUCACCCUCCCUUUCCUCCAGGGACCCCCAAAUUGAGUGGGGGGCCCUGCUCUGCUCCCGGUUCACUCUCACACUCCUUCCCCCCAGGACCCCCAAAUUGAGUGGGGGGUUUCUGCUCUGUUCCCAGUCCACCCUCUCACUCCUUCCCCCCAAACUGAGCAGGUGUCCCGGUUCAUGCUCACCCUCACCUGCCCCAGGGACCCCCCCUCACCCCGGGUAGAGGGUCCCUGACCCCCUGGGGGCAGAGCUGGGGGUGGCCCGUGCCCAGUGGGGUCUGGGGACACAGCCCAGGGACAGCCCCGGCCCGGGGACACUGAGCUGCCACCCCCUCCCCAGCUGUCCCCAGCUGUCCCCAGCUGUGCUGUCCCCUCUGUAGUAGGGAUGGGACCCCCCCCCGGCCCGCCGGGACCCCCCCUCACCCCGUUGUGUGCGGGGCCGCCCCCGUUUGGAACCAAAUAAAGCGCCAGAACCGA